GUCACAGAGGCUCGCUCCCAGGUUUCUUUUGCUUUCGUAUCUACUGUACUGUAGAACUGACUCUUCAGUGUGACUGUUGCCUAUUCUAUCAGCCCUGAAAAUGCCUGUUUUGUGAAGAGGUGAAUGCUGUCCAUAAAACAGUAAGGAUCCUAGCAGCGGCAUUUUGAACCAGCUACAGUCUGUUUAUGGCGCGUGAAGGAAGACCACCAUAGAGAGAGUUGCCGGAGUCGAUUUGAGAGGAGAUGAAUGCCUUACAGAGUAUCUCUGCAUCUGGGAGGGAAAGUGCGUCUACAAAAGCCAUGAGUUGCGUGUAUCAAAAGGAAAUGAAUGAACUGAGUAAUUCUUCAUUGGCACUGGAUGGGGAGGAUCAGAAUUGAUGAGCCAAAUAUGGAUUUGAAAUAAUGGUGACACUCCACAACAAAUUAAUAAAGCCAAGUCUGGAGCAAGACCAAAAGAUGAAUGGACUGUUACUAAAUAAAAUUUUCAAGGACAAAACUGUGUACCUUCGUCCAUCUUUACAACUGCUGGUUGUUCCUGCAAAUGCAAAGAAGAACAGAAGUACUCUGUCAAAUAAUGAUGAUGAUGAUAUUGAAAUAGAUUUGACUGAUUCCAGUCCACCAAUGAACAGCCUGAAUGUAACAGUUCUUCAGGUCAUUGAGGAUGCUCCUUCAGAACUCAUAGAUGCUCCGUAUUCGACAGCAGGUUCAGAUGGGCCUCUUAUCAUAACAGAAGAAGAAAAUGCCAGUUUCCAGGGUUGUUGAUUGUCCAAGUGAAUGGCAGUAUGCUGCUUUAUUUGUUGAUGAAGAGCUCAGCGAAAGCUUUGAAGAUCCAAUACCCCUUUCCACUGGUAUUGAAACAUCCCACCAUGAACGAGACAUUGGGGAUAUUCUCUGUGAGCUGGCCUCCCAGAUUGAUACAGAAAAUGUUUCCCUGUUUAAUAUCAGCCGGAAUCACCUAUGGGAAGGAGCGAAACGAGGCUUUAAAAAAAAAACUUUCUUACCUUGCAAAAGGCUUUCGGUGAAAUUUAUGGACAAUACAGGAGUGAGCGAAGGAGCCGUCGACCUCGGAGGACCAAGGAGAGAAUUUUUAACCAUGCUAAUGGAGUCCUUGCACCAAGGAAGCCUCUUUGUGGGACCAGACCAUGCCAAGUUCCUAAACUACAUUAGUGGAUUGAUGGUCUCGGAUGACUAUUUUUAUGCGGGUAUGACUAUUGCAACAUCACUGGUUCAUGGAGGACCUGGCCCACAGUUCUUAUCACCAGUACUUUUUGAGGCGCUUUCAAGUACACCCGAGCCCACAUUUGUGGCAGUGCAAGAUAUCCCUGAUAUGGACAUAAGGAACAAUCUGGAGAAGCUUCUAACUUACCAGGAAGAACAUUCAAACACAGCAAACUUAUUUGAACCAAUCCAAACUCUGAUGCAGCUGGCUGGAACACACAAAGUUAUCCGUAAUGCUGAUGAUUAUCGCAAGAUUGCUGAAGGAACUGCACAUUGGUACAUUUUUGGAAGAACACAGGCAGCAUUUGAGAGAUUAAAAGAAGGGCUGAAAACUCUAGGUGUACUGGAUGCUAUGACCAAGUAUCCCAAUGCAUUCAAGCAUGUAAUAUGCUACACAGAAGACACCCUCACAGCCAAGACAUUUGAUAAUAUCUUCCAUCCUGUUCUACACCCACUGGGCUCCAAUAAAAGGGGAACAGAAAAUCUUGUAUUGUCUCACUGGAAAGACUUUAUACAAGAACUACAAGACGAGCCAUCAGAUGUCACAUUGAUGUCACUGCUAUUCUUUAGUACUGGCUGCAGGACCGUACCACCACUGGGAUUCAGAACAGAACCCACUGUAGAUUUUUUACAUGAUGCUGAGGACAAUGGAGAGAAAUCAAGAUUUCCAAAGGCAAAUACAUGCAACUGCACGCUGUUUUUGCCAACUGUACAUGAAGUUUAUGAAGAAUUCACUGAAGCCAUGAGAUAUGCUGUUCUAAAUUGUCAGGGCUUUGGCUUUGCAUAGUCAACUAUUGAUCUUCUGGUGUGAUGGAUGGUCGGGAUGCUCCAGAUAAAACCAAAGAAAGGAAAAAAAAAAUGAGAAAAAAAAUACAGUGUACUUGGGAUUUCUUGUUUUUCCUGGUCCUGGGGAGAUCCGUGUGUUCUGUUUUUUUUUUCCCAACUCAAUGACUUAAUUGUACCAUUCAUUUAACAAAUACUUUACCUAAUCUGAGUUUUUUCUUUUCUUUGGAGCUCUUAAAGUUAAUUUGAAGUUACAGGUAUAGAAAAGAAUUGUGAAACAUGCUUUAACCAAUUCAUCAGUUUCAAACAACAAACACUAAACGGGCAAGUGAUCUGAUCAUUUAUUA